GUCAAAGUUAGGGGUCAUUGACCGAAAGACUGCGAACACACAUGUUUGUCAGUAAGUUCAGAGUCCCGGUUAGACUUAGUGUAGUUUGCACUAGAUAUUCACAAACUGUGGCAAAUAUGCAGUCCGAAAGGGCCAUGAAGAGAGGCUCCACCUGCCCCCCUCCCCCCGGACCAGGCAAACUCCGUCUGUACAGUAUGAGGUUCUGUCCGUACGCACAGCGGACACGUCUGUUCCUGGCCGCCAAGGGAAUUGAACAUGAGACCAUCAACAUAAACCUGAAAUAUAAGCCGAAGUGGUUUGUGAUUGAGAAGAAUCCGGUAGGCAAGGUACCUGUAUUGGAGAAAGAUGGAGAGAUUGUGUUCGAGUCUCUGGUCUGUAACAAGUACCUGGAUCACAUCUACCCAGAAAACUGUCUCACUCCAAGUGACCCCAUGGAAAAGAUGCAACAGAAUAUGCUUCUGUCAGUUUUUGAUCAAAUGGUCAUCGGCCAAUUCUACAGCUAUCUCAAGGCAAGUCACGAGGAUGAGUUUUCAGCUGUGUCCAAGAAGCUUGGGUUCGGCCUGCAGCACCUUGAAAAAGCCCUGACACAGCCGUUCUUUGGCGGCAGCCGACCCGGCGCUCUAGACUACAACAUGUGGCCGUGGUUCGAGCGUUUCUGCAUGAUGCCGAACCGUUCGGAGGAGUUGUCGGUGAGGAGAGUGCCGCGGCUGACGGCGUGGAUGGAGCGCAUGUUUGAGGAGCCGGCAGUCAAGGCCUGCCACAUGUCUCCUGAGCUGUACGCUCAGUUUGGGAAGACUUUCAGGGAGGGAAACCCUGACUAUGAUGCAGGCUUGGAGAGAUGGUCUUCCUUGUGAAUUGGUAGCACCCACCAGUCUCAGCCAGCCUGAAGUAUACUAGCCAUUGAAGUCUUCCCUAUACUACUUUAUAGCUGCUCUCUGCCAUAUUGAUCUGAGUUACCAAACAUAUUUGUCAAGCCCUUGUUACUGCUCUGCAACCUUUUAAUGUUUCCUGGUAGUGAAUUAUGUCAAUAUAAAAUGUAUGUGAAUAUUAGUCAUGUUAUUGAUCUCUUCUAUUUCCAGAAACCAGUUAUUUAUAAUUAGUGUAUUCAUAUAAUGAAAAUUUGUACAGCAUUUAAAUGAGCAUUGUAUGGGCAUUUGAUUUUCAGACUUUUUUUUAAUGAGAAUGACUCCUUCUCAUGAAGAUGUGAUGUUAUGAUCCUAUUUAUUUAAACAUUACUUUUUAGAACAAUGAAUAGAUAUUUAGAUCUAUUUAGAUUAGGAUAUACAUGCUAGAUAAUAUUUUCUUAUUACUAGUACCUAAACCAAUAAUGCCUAAUAUUAGGACUCCCUGUAUGUGCUUGACAUUUGUACAUACAUGUACAGUACUGUAUAUAACAACCAAGUGAUUGAUUAAAGCUAUAUGAAAGUUGAUCACAUUGCAGGUUGGUAUUUAUUGUUGUAUUCAAUUCAACGAGGCAUUGUGUGUCAGAUGUUAAAAUGG